AUGGUGCUGCAUCAAACAUUUCAAUAUGAAGCUUAUUCUCACAGAAUUAGGACAGCACUUUACUAUCGUAUUCCUUCAAGUACUGAGUCGGAGGAAGACGAAUUCCGUCUGAUCUUUCCACCAAACAUUUAUAAUGACGUCAUCAGCGUCACCGAUUGCGCAGUUAAAUCUUUAGCGCUGUCUGCGACAUCGUUUUUGUACAAUUUGGAGGAAAUGAAGUGUGAUCCGGAUGCAUCGUCUUCCCUUGGAACAAAUUCAGGAUUUUACCAUUAUGCUCAGCAGGAAAAAGAAAAUUUAUUGAAAGAAUGCAGAUAUCGACUGUCAAAGAGAAAAACUUCAUUUCAAGAGGCGAAGAGUAGAUGUGAGUCUGAGGGUGGAUACCUUGUAAAAAUAGGGAAUAAAGAAGAAAAUGAUUUUAUAAGGAAACAAUUUCCAGAUAAAUCUAUAUGGCUGGGAGCUAAAGUAUCCAAUAGUAGCAUCAGAUGGGACAAUGGUGAAGAGGUACAUUUCACGGACUUCGUCGUCAAUGACCCUGGCUUAAAUGACCUAAAUUUACUAAAGGUGCCUAGAUGUAUAAUAUUUACGAAUGAUGGUUGGGAAACUGAAAGCUGUUUUGAUUAUUUUCGAAAUUAUUUUGUGUGUGAAUUCGAUCAAUGUGUUCAAUAUGUUCAAUAA